GUGGCGGUGUGGGGCUUCCUCACUAGAUGUUCCUUGGUGUGACGUAUUACAACAACAAGUGCUACUGGACCAAGUGAUAUGUGGCAUUAUCUGAUUGUGUAAAAUAGGGGAUUUGACACUGAAGUGUUUAUGUCGCAUUAUUACAUACAAAACUAUGAAUGGCUAAUAAUUAUGUAAUAUAAUUUAUCUCUUGGAGUAGGAAUACCUCUGCCAUGAUGUCUGGAACUAACAAAAGCGUAUUUUGGAUUACAUUUUUCGCAUUAAUUCUACUUGAGUCUCUUCCUUCCAUGUAUGGGCUAAAGCAAAGGAGUGCUCAUAUUAAAGAAGAGAUUGUGUCCACUCAGCUUUUAGCGGAGAUUGAUGAUGGAACUCUUUUGGUGUCAACACUGGAUGGUGCUCUUCAUGCCAUUACUAAAUCCUCAGGAGUACUCAAGUGGACACUCAGAGAUGAUCCAGUAAUCAUGAAUCCAACUGAUUCUUCACAGCCACCAUUACCACAGUUCUUCCCCAAUCCGCAAGAUGGAUCGUUAUACCGUUACACACUGGGUCGUAGUCGUGAGCCACUCAAGAAGUUGCCUUUCACCAUUCCCCAGCUUGUGGCUAACUCCCCAUGCCGUUCUAGUGAUGGCAUUUUCUAUCUUGGAAAGAAGACCGACUCCUGGGUAGGUGUUGAUUCCAUCACAGGCGAGAAGCAAUUAGUAUUGGGGGUUGACAAUGUGGAUCGCAAAUGCCCAAAACCCUCGCGCAAUACUGUCUACUUUGGUCGGACUGUAUAUAAUAUCAUUCUCUAUGAAGCUUCAAGUGGCAACAAGUGGAAUAUCAGUUUCUCAGAAUAUGCAACAAGUACUUCAUCAUCAAUUGUUGAAAACUAUGAUUUAGUUCACUACACAUCUACUGGUGAAGGGUCAAUCCUUACUGUGGACAAGCGAUCUGGUUCCCUGCUUUGGUCCCUGGAACUUGAUUCUCCACUUGUUGUCAUGUAUCUAUUGGGUCCUGAAGGUGGAUUACUGACAGUCCCCAUGACAACUGUAGCACCCCAGACCCUAACUCAGUUUACAGAAGAGUUUAUGCAUCUCACAUAUCAGUCUGCGGAUGGCUCUGAUGGUCUACUCAUUAAAAAAUUAAGUAUUUUCUUUUCUAACAGCCCUACAAUCUAUAUUGGAGAAUGCAGUUCAGGUGUGUAUGCUGUUCCUGCCUUGGUGGAUGUUACCACAGCCACCAUAUCACAUAGAGGAUCACAACUCUUGUUGGAAGGACCACCUGGCUCCCGAGGGACACUUGGCUCUCGCGAUUUUAAAAGCACUGGUGAUACAGAAGAAAAAAAGAAACCGGAAGUCCUUUUGCUGGGUUACUAUGAGAUUCCUGAGAAUGUGAAAGCAGAUUUGGCCAAAGUAAGUCCAGAGGAGGUGGCGGCAAUCAAUAACAACGUUGUACGUCUUGGCAUCACACAUGAAAAGAAUGAUAGUUUUUCAUCUGGACCUCGACAAAGUGUCUCUCAUCACAAUGAAGAUGAUGAUACCAUAAUUUGGGAUGGAUUGGAUCAGGUGAAGAGAAUGAAUGUAAGCUUUAUUACUUCUGGAAAAGUAUUAAAGUGGUGGGGAGCAGUGAUACAUACAAUGUGGCUGUGGUUCCUGUGUGAUACUGUCAACCUGCUGGUAGUCAUCUUCAUGCUGGGAUUUGGAAUAAUUGCUUUCCUUUUGUACAAACAAGCUCAGGAUUAUGCAAGGCUGACUCAAGAGAUGUCAUCUAGACGUCCAUGGUCACAAGGAUCUAACAGCUCUGGAGGCUCCUCUGGCAACAUCACAGCCUUAGCAGAGGAACUGGAUAAUGGAACUGUUAGUGUCGGCAAAAUCAUAUUUGAUCCACAGCAGUUGCUUGGGAAAGGCUGUGAUGGUACCUUUGUGUUCAAAGGUACAUUUGAUGGCCGAGCAGUGGCAGUCAAACGGGUCCUUCCUGACUGUUUCUCAAUUGCUGAUCGGGAAGUGGAACUUCUUCGGGAAAGUGAUCAGCAUCCACAUGUCAUCAGAUAUUUCUGCACUGAACAGUGUCGUCAAUUCCGUUACAUUGCAUUGGAACUAUGCAGUGCUACUCUGGAGGACUUCAUUCAGGACCGGGUUAAUGCAGACAUCAGUAUUCUCACCAUCCUCCAUCAGGCUACUUCAGGCUUGCAGCAUCUACACAACCUUGAUAUUGUGCAUCGAGAUGUCAAACCACACAAUGUACUGCUUUCCUUGCCAAGUAGUCGGGGACAGGUUCGAGCUAUGAUAUCUGAUUUUGGUCUGUGUAAACGUUUGGAAACUGGUCGUAUGUCAUUUUCAAAGCGAUCAGGAGUCACAGGAACAGAAGGCUGGAUUGCUCCUGAAAUGAUGCUCAACACAUCUAGGCCAACAUACAAAGUUGAUAUAUUUUCCCUUGGCUGUGUCUACUACUAUAUGCUAACUAAGGGGAAACAUCCAUUCGGCACAGUCCUUGAUCGCCAAUCCAACAUCAUAUCAGGAAAGUUUAAACUUGAUGACCUAAAUGAAGAAAAUGAUGUCAGUUGUAGAACGCUUAUUGAGAGAAUGGUGAGCAGCAAACCCUCUGAACGCCCUCCAACAUCAGCUGUUCUUAGGCAUCCAUUUUAUUGGAGCCCAGAGAAAGUGCUGGGCUUCUUUCAGGAUGCAAGUGACCGUGUAGAAAAGGAAGGUGGAGACAGCAUGGUUGUGAUGAACUUAGAACGUGGUGGUGUUGAGGUCGUACGUGGAGACUGGAGACAGCACAUGCAUCCCACCAUUGCAGAAGACCUACGUAGGUUUAGAGACUACAAAGGACGUUCCGUCAGAGAUCUACUCCGGGCCCUCAGAAACAAGAGGAAUCAUUACCGGGAGUUAAAAGAGGAGGCUCGACAGGUCUUUGGUCGCAUCCCAGAGGAGUUUGUUCAUUACUGGACUGAUCGCUUCCCAAAACUUUUGCUUCACUCAUGGUGUGCAAUGCAAUGUGUCAAGAAUGAGCCAAUCUUCAAUAAGUACUAUGACGAUUACUACAACUUCAGUCAGUACAGACCAGUACACAAGGAGAGGCUUUAACUUCAGGUCACCCUCAGCAUUUCCACCAAUCAAUACAGUGAGGCGGUCCUUGGCAACUUUGAAUCCCAGUGCGGUCUUUUCCUCCUUGAAGGCAUUUUCUUCCAGAAGAGUCCGGUCUCGUCCAAGUUGAUGACUUGCUUAGGACUGUACCCACCCUCCUUAAUUAUGGUUGCGAGAAACGGUGGGAACUUCUCUGCUGCUUCAUGGUCGGCUCUAGCUGAUUCUCCUCGUAUUUUUAGGUUGUGGAUUGAUAUAUGUUUCCUAAAUCUAUCAAACCAUCCACGGCUGGCACUGAACUCGGGUACAUUGGGUUUAUCUUUAGUUAUAUCUUUUCACAGCGGUCUUACCUUCUGUUGAAUCAUGCGUUGCGAUAAAGGUGGUUUAAGGCGCUGGGUCUGGUCGUCAACCCACGUGCUCAACAUCCGCUCCAUACUCUCCAUCUCAGCAUCAAGGAACCUCGUCACCUUCGUAGCCAUCAGUGGUGUUGCAGACCCAGCCAUCUCCUUGAUCUUGUGCACCGUAGAAGGAGCCAAGCCGUGCACACGCCCAAUCACUGACGUUCCUUCUCCGUGUUCAUGUCUUUUUACGAUAUCCAAUUUCACGUCCAACGUAACUGCCACACUUGAUCUCUUGGCAACAUUACUGGGAGUUUUAUUAGAUGGUUGCUUAGGCAUUGCGAGAUCACACAAAACACACGCCAGCACAUCUCAGACUGAGGCGAGCGGGAGCGUAUGGCGGAGGAAUACGUACACACGCUGUCCUAAUCUACGGUGGAGGUGCGGAUCAAAAUUUUUGCUCGUAAGAAUUUGCGAAUAAUCGGGGCAACCAUUGCGAAUAGUGGAAAUGAGUAACAAUAAAUUGUUUGUGGAUAAACGGUGUUACGAAUACCGAGGCUAUGAAUAAUGGGGUUUGCCUAUGCAGUAUAUUAUUCUAUCACAGAGCUUAGUACAGGAACACAACCCCCUUUUUACAUUAAUUUAUAUGGGAAAAUUGGUUUUGAUGAACGUAAUCCACCUAACAAAAGUGUUUUAGUGGAACCUAAAUUUUCAUUCAACAGGGACUUUCUGUAAUUGUAAUUUGACUUGAAAAUAAAAGUACAAGCUGUAUCAGAAGCUAAUCUCUUCCCUGAUAACUCUUCCUCUCCUGCCAACUGACAUCAAGGUUAGCUUUCUACCUAUUUUUCAUUCUUUAUUAUUAUAUUCUACUAUGAUCAGCCUCUUAUGACAUACGAUUCAUUAUGAAUAAUAUAAAGUCUUCAAUAACAGAUAAAAUAUAAUAUAUAAUUUGUAUUUUGACUUGAGAAUAAAAGGAUACGUUGUAUCGAAGGUGACGUCUCACUUUAUCUUCUCUCUCUCCUCCCUCCCACAUCACAGUAACCUAACAAAAGAAUUCAUUAUGAGAGAAGCCAUUUAUUAUGGUGAGAAGUAAAAUAAAUACAAGGUAUCAGGAUGAAGUUAUUUACUAAACUGUAUACUGUACUUUGUUAUUUUUAUUUUAAAAUACCGUAAUGGAGACUCACACUUUAUAGAGCUUGUUUUACGAGGAGUGAGGGUUUGAAUCAUGACCUCCCAAAUACAGGUGUCCGCAGAUGGUUGUUUUCUCCAGUAAACAUAUAGCACAAACAAAAAUUUGAAGAACACCUUGUGCACAUGUUGGCAGGCCUGCUGAAUCGAAAUAUUUUCAGUUAGCCCAAAGAAAUUUUCACUUGCCCAUAAUUGUUUUCUAAAUGUGUGGGGAUAUCUUUUAAAAUUCUUAAUUGCAAAAACAGUGGUCCAUAAAAUGGAUAAAUCUGGUGGUGAUGGAGUGUGGCAGGUUGUGUGUGUGUGUGUGUGUGACAUGGAUGAUGCAAUGUGCCCUCUUCUUCUGCUCUCUUCCCAGGAGGAUUACCAUAACCUUUGUUUAAAUUAUUUUACUUAAAAUCUCACCAUUUUUCUGUGGUUGAAUGUGUGUUGAAAUUAAAGCCUGGGUUGACAGUUUUUUAUAAUAACCUGAAUUUAUUCAUUGCUAGUGUACAAAAAUAAUUACUACACGUCCACUCACUAUCUUUUCCUGUGUUGGUAGUGCCUCAAUGAGUCAGCUGACGGGCAUUAAUCAUUAUUUAUGCAUUCUCAUGCAGAUUGAAGAGCUGUUCAAUAUUUUACCUUUCAAAAUCAUAGCAUCUACUUACUGGGUCUCCUUCACUUUUGCAUCACACAAAAUUAUCACUCGCCUGACAGAAAUGUGAGUUUUUAAUCUGACUCGCCACAAGGAUUUUUCACUCUCCACGGGCAAGUAUGAUUGGGCAGCCUCUGUUGGUGGUACAUGCCUACCCACUAAACAUGGAGAAGCACUUCUACUAUUUAUACUAUGGGUAAAUGCUUUACAGUAUAAAGCAGUCAUAUCACUGAAAACAGUUAUCAACAGCCAGACUUAUGUCUGAUUUUCCAGAAACAGUCUAGAUAAGGUAGGUAGUAGGUAGUAGGCAGCUAUCAAACAGGGAGAUACAACCGCCUGGGAAGAUAUUGGAA